AAAGAUGAGAGACAGAAAGUAAAAAGGAGGUACAAGGUAUACAAAAACUGGAUGAACCUUCGGGAUGCAGAAACAGGGAAAAUCCUCUGGCAAGGAACAGAAGAUCUGUCUGUACCUGGAGUGGAGCAUGAAGCUCGAGUUCCUAAAAAAAUCCUGAAAUGCAAAGCAGUGUCUCGGGAGUUAAACUUUUCUUCAGCAGAACAAAUGGAAAAAUUCCGACUGGAACAGAAAGUUUAUUUCAAAGGGCAGUGUCUAGAAGAAUGGUUCUUUGAAUUCGGUUUUGUGAUUCCUAACUCCACAAACACUUGGCAGUCCUUGAUAGAGGCAGCACCUGAAUCACAGAUGAUGCCAGCUAACGUUUUAACUGGCAAUGUUAUUAUAGAAACCAAAUUCUAUGAUGACGACCUUCUCGUAAGCACUUCCAAAGUGAGACUUUUCUACGUUUGAGAUGGGGCUUUUUGGAGCUGUUUUAGUUUUCCUCCGUACAGUUCUUGGUGCAGAACCCCCCGACUAUCCAGUGGAAGACACUCCUGUAGGCGGUGACCCUGGGGACCAGCUCAACAUGGGUUGUGACCUUUGCCUAUCAGUUAUUUCGCUUUCUCCUCUGACAAGACCAGACCAAACCCUCAGAGACAGGACCAUCUGCUCAGCGAUGCACUGGGGAAUAGAGGUUGUCUCUGAACACGGGCAAACAAUGGUCAUGCAGAACCAAUACUGUAAAGUAUGUUAGUCUCAUCCUUUGUACUUCUCUGGAUCCUGGUGUAAUCUCCUGUUUCCACUCACACUAAACUCUCAAUGCGUUUCAUUUUGGGGGGAUUAAGUUAAACUUUUCAUUUUUCUCAUGUUGUAGGUUUUUAUCCUUUCACUGGAUUUCUGUGUAACUGGUUCACACAUCCUCUUACCCUGAACUUGUAAAAUAGACUGUGAUAUCACCUAAUGUAAUUAAAACAAAUUUCUCAAUUAAAACAUUCCUACCGUCCAAAGAAGGGAAAAAA